AUGUGUCAAUGGGCUACCGCAAUCCCAUCAUUGGAGCAAUCAGACAUUGUCACCUUGAAGCAACAGAGAGUUAAUGGUGCAGCACUGUUGACUCUGACCGAGGAGAAGCUGCUGAAGCAUCCAUACAACUUCCCAGGAGGUGCUGCAAGCAAUCUGAUGAUCGCGAUCGACAAGCUCAAAGUAAUAGUCAAGAAGCCUCUUGAUGCCAGCAAGUUUCAGGACUCGCUGCUCCCCGCCCAUGAUGACCCAAGAUGGUCAUGUCUGCACGACCUCAAGAUAGAGAUGGAGACAGAUACCAAUGGUCAACAAGUUCCAUGUAUCAAGAAGUUAAAGAACAAAAUUGGUCAGUUCAUAGAGUUGCCAAAUCUUGCUGGCAAAGACAAGAUACUUCCAAAGAAGCUUGAACGAGGUAAGCUCACCUCGUACCUUUUGACACAAGAGAGAUAUGACUUGGUUUUGAGGUUCGCCACAAUGAUCAACCUCGGUGAGCCACAUAUGGAGAACCCUAGUUUGCAGAGUGGCCUCAUUGGCAAGACAUUGGAAUCGUAUCUCCUCACAUGUAUCGCAUAUGUGAACAAUGCAAUCGUCAUAUACAUCAAAAUGUCUUCUCUGAAAGAUGACAACGAAAUGGCCGUGUACUUCCUCAACCGUUUCGUCAAUUUCAACGCAUCCAAGGCAUCAAACAUUAAGUGCAGAGGAAAUCGUUGGAAGGCCCCCACUCUUCUCGAUCUUGCUAUUGCCGGAACAACUGACACAUCUCAGGCGUUUCUUGUCUCUCGUGAACUGAUGGAGCAACUUGGAACAAUAGUGGAACACCCUGUCUUGUACUGCUUGGACGAGCACCAACACCUUUGGAGGGAUGGCGUCCAGAAUUCCUCAUUUGGCAAAGCAUUCACGAUUGAAUCUGGACCAUGCUCUGGCGCAAGAACAAUUCUGGUUGUCUCUGGAUCUGCACACUCUGCAUUCGAGAUGAACCUUCCUUCAACCAUGUCAUCCUGGUUUCACAAAAUACUUCCCUUCAGCAUGAAGACAUUCGAAAUGGUUAUCAAAGAUGAGAAGAGCGGUCUUUACAUCCAAGAGGAGUGGCGUCGUGACAACGAAUCAAUCGAGAGACUUGCAGAGAUCACUGGACGAUUGCCUCGAGAGUUACAAGAGUUGCACGAUCAGCAGCACCAGUUCAAGACAGCAGAAGAUUUCCUCCACUCCCGCAAGAUACUGUACAGCCUCGAGGUCAACAAUUACUUGUCAACUAGCAACAAGGAGCAAAUCGAUUCCUACUAUCGGUUUAUGGAUGCAUUCUUCUCACGAAUCGACAAGAUGGACAUGCAAGUUGCUCCUCCAUCUCUCUAUGACUCUGGACUCAUCUAUUAUGACUGUCGAGACAAUGUAUACCGUACAAUAUGCAGUGGAGCAUUUCUUGCACUUCACGACCACUAUUAG